CCGCGUCGCUUCCCUUUUAUGUCGGUGGGGAAGCGGAAAGCAGGAAGCAGCUGCAGAAAGAGACAGGCGCGUUUCCCCCUAAAGCCACGCCUGCUCGGGGCUGAUCGCAUUGCAAACCCGGCCGCUUGCCAUUUUCGCAGCCUGGGACAAUGUCCGGGGCCGGUGGACUACCUGCCAGCAAUGUUAAGUACUGCCGGGUCCCAGACGGCGAAGACGGCUACAUCGACCUACAGUUCAAGAAGACCCCGCCCAAAGUCCCAUAUAAGGCGAUUGCCCUGGCCGCCUUCUUGUUCCUGAUUGGCUCGUUAUUGAUUGUAAUUGGAGCCCUGCUCCUGGCUGGAUACAUUGAAGUCACACGUCCGCAGCGCACCGUGCCGGUCCUUAUCGUCGGAGUCCUCGUCUUCCUCCCCGGCUUCUACCACCUGCGCAUCGCCUGCUACGCUUCCAAGGGCUACCGCGGCUACUCCUUCGACGACAUCCCGGACUUCGACCACUGAGCCAAUGGCGUACGACGUGGCCCCUGCUCGUAGCCAAUGGCGCACGACAUGGCCUCUGCUCGUAGCCAAUGGCGAAGCGAGUCGUCGCCGCAUCUUCUCUGCCACCCUACAGCCCUUCGCAUUUUGAGUUUAUCUCCCAACCUCGCGUCGGUAGCAGACUUUAUACAAUCAUGUGAAUUUUAAUGCAAAAGCGUCUUUCUUAUGUUUAGCGUCUGUUGUAAAGACAAUUUAUCCAGCUUGUAUAAAAUGCUUAAUUGUUUAUUAUAGAAAAUGUACAGAUCUGCAUUGAAAUUCUGUCUUGAGAGGGAAGCACUGAUUUACGAUACAGCGUAUAGAGAAUACUGAACUCCAGGCGUAAGAACCAAUACAGAUGGGCUGCUGUGUAAAUUCUUCUACUGUGCAUAAUCUCAACUUGUUUCUUGUCGUCUUGGUGAAACCACAGAGCCGGUAUUUAUCCAUCCACCAAAAUUAGUGUUUGAGUUGACAGUGGUGGUUUCACAUUCAGCACUUGGUGAUAGAUGUAAUAUAGAUGUUAUCUCUUUUUCGUUCUCUUGGCUAUGAACAUUCCCCGUUACUCCAAGAGCAUCAUUUUUUGGGUGUCGUAAAACAAGAGUAUCCAUGUAGCAAUUUCCUGUUAAUGCAGGUGUAAUUAAAUAAUACAUCCAACUAAGUAAAUGUUUAAAUUCACCUAAAAUGUGCCUUGCUGCUGAAAUGUAGUGUUUAUUUACAUUUGUAUUCCACUAGUGGUAACGAAUUACUAUUUGUGUACGACGUUUAUUACAGUAAACGUCACAUGCUCCCAAAAAUUAAAUUAAAUUUAAUAUUUUUAUGUUAAAAA